AUGCCUGCUGUGGUACAUCGCACUGCGUCCAUUGCUGCCGUCCAUAAACGCUCUUCCAGAAAGGCCUGCAAUCGAGAAGCUGAAACGACGAGAAUGACGUCAUCGUUCGAUGCUUAUGACCUGAUGAGUCGAUCAAUUUUAUCAUCGAUUAUUGGUCUAAAAAAGAAACCGAGAGCAACGCAUUCAACUAUACAAGGAUCAUCAUCCGUGUCGUUAUGCUCGCCGUCGAGUUUCCAUCGUCCUGUACACCAAGUGGAGGAACGAACUCCACAUGAUAUUUACAGAGAGAUUGUUGUGGAAUGUGAGCAAAUUGAGAGAAGCGGCACAUCUAGCCCCACGUCAGACUUCGAGUCGUCAUCAGCUUCACCGCUUAAUCUACCCAUUGCGCCUUCAUCACCAUUUGUCACUUCCUCAAUCCCAUUCACCAUGAGUCCUUUCGUUCCGGAUUCCGUCUCAUCCAUAUUGCAUGAAGAGCACUUCAAUGGCUUGCCACCACCUCCGUAUUCAUUAUUACCUCCUGUGCCCACCAAGGAAUUGCCGGCCUACGCAGAAAAUUUGCUUGACCCACCGUUGGAGCCACGGAUGUUAAUACCGCAACAAAUCGAUCAGGAAGAUAGUUUGAACUCCUUUUCAAUAGAAGAAAUAGUGAGAAUGGUUAUAACAGCACUAAAAAUGAGGAGCUCCACCCCAGAAGUCGAGAAGGAAAGUCCGGAAGAAAUUCUCCGAAGAAAGCGGCAGCAGAACAACCUAGCGGCUGCUCGUUAUCGCAAACGCCAACGAGAGGCUCGCGAUUUGGCUGAAGGUGAACUAGAUCAGUUGCUACGGCGAAAUGAGAACCUGCGGCGAACGGUAGAACGAAUGCAAAUGGAAAUUGCCGAACUGAAACAAGCGGUCCUCUCAGGAGGACGGUUGUGA